AUGCCAGGAAAGCAGACAUUAGAAAUACUAAAUGGUAAAUACAAUGGACCUGUCUUUUACAAUAGAAUCGUAUGUGACACCAUAGACAUUCCCACAUGGUUGUCGCCAGAUGUGGCAGACCUUGUCUGGAACCUCCUGGACAAGAAACCACAUUGCAGACUUGGCGCACUGGACAUCAAGUGGCAUCCAUUCUUUGACGGACUCAAGUGCAGUGACGUGAUGGCAAAGAAAUACCAGAUGCCGCGCCCCCCACUACGACGACCAGUCGGCUGUAUUGCGUCCAGUCAGAUACGAGACAGUAUUUUCAACCGGAGUGAAGACAAUUACGAGGUAUGCACAUAUGUUGCGCCCGUACUUAUACCACAUUAGUCACAUGACGGAGACAUCGAAUAGCGGCACCCAAGACCAAGAAAUGGACGUUCUUCAACUCGCGUCUAUCAUCGAAGAAGUCAUCACAAUACCAUUUGAGAAUAGUGAAGUACUUAAAUA